AUGGACAAUAAUUUGAGACAAGCUUUGACAUUAAAUGAUGCAGAUGAAGGUACAUAUAUUACUUUAGUUUUGGAAAUUUCUCUUCCUCAAUCGUUUGUGACUGAUCAAAUCUUCACUUUAGUCGAGUUUAAUAGUCAAUUCAAUCUGUAUGUCUCAGAUAUAGGUAAACUCUAUUGUCAAUGUAACGACGAAAAACGCGAGAGUAAAUCGACUAUUCUACUAAAUGAAUACGUUCGUUUAUGUAUCACUAUUCGACAUCAUCCUGAUCUACAAGAAGUGUGCAGUGAACGAUGUGAUACUGGAAGACCAAUUGUUGAUUUAAAACGAACAUUUCCAUUAUUAAUCAAGGAAUUUAAUACAUUUGAACAAACAUUUGGUGAUAUUCAAUGGCGUGAUAAACUCAAUUCUGAGAGUUUCUAUUUACCGAAUAGAAUUGAAGAACGAGCGAAAGCGAUUCUUCAAUGGCUAAUCAAUCGAUCUGAACGAAAUAUUGUUGUUAUCUCGUAUAAUUUAAUGUUGAAAGCAAUAUUUCAAUUACAUAAUCAACUUAUUAAUAUGAAGAAUGGUGAAAUUAAAAUGAUGGUAUAA